AUGGGCCAAAAAAGUGUGAAGAAGGCCGCCAGCCCCCCUGUCGCAACUCCAUAUCAAAAACAUGGAUAUGAGUUCUUUGGACCUCCUGGAGUGUCUAUCUUACUCAUUGUCCUUCCAAUUAUCGUAUAUAUAUUCCCGUUUGUCUGCAACGAUAUUUCUGGGUGCCCAGCACCGUCCCUGCUCCACCCGUCGACUCUUUCGCUUGAAACUUUAAAACGAGAAGUUGGAUGGCCUGAGAACGGACUGAAAGGACUAUACGAUACCCAGGUUACUUGCUAUGUUCUUGGCUACUACCUACUCCUGCUGGUGUUGCAGAUUGUGCUUCCAGGGGAAGAGGUGGAAGGAGUCCUGCUAGCUUGCGGAGGGAGGCAUAGAUAUAAAUUCAACUCUUUUCUCUCUGCUGUUUUGAUUUUGGGAGGAUCUGCCGCUGGGAGUUAUAUCUAUGGACCCGAUUUCCCUGUGUGGACAUUCCUCUGGGACAAUUAUAUCCAAGUUCUCACCGCAAAUCUUAUUAUCAGCGAAGCACUCGCAGCUUUCGUUUACCUUGCAAGUUUCACCGUUCCAGCACCUGGAAAACUCAACCCCACAUUCCGUGAACUAGCUCCGGGCGGCACCAGUGGCAAUCCAAUAUACGAUUUCUUCAUGGGCCGUGAACUAAACCCGCGAAUCCGUCUUCCUAUCCCCUUUGUUAGCGAAGCUUCCAAGAUACUCGAUAUUAAAGCCUUCUGCGAGAUACGACCCGGCCUGUUGGGCUGGAUAAUUUUGAAUUUAUCCAACAUCGCUCACCAAUACAAGGUCAAUUCGGGACACAUCACCAUAUCGAUCAUUCUCAUUACCUUCUUCCAGGGUUUCUAUGUGCUUGACGCCCUCUACAUGGAGCCUGCUAUCCUUACAACAAUGGAUAUGAUUACCGAUGGGUUUGGUUUCAUGUUGUCAUUCGGGGAUUUGGUCUGGGUACCAUUCAUCUAUUCCGUGCAAACAAGAUACCUCGCGGUUUAUCCGUUAGAUAUUGGCCUCUGGGGCCUCGCUGUCGUCUUGGGAGUUCAAUCAGUCGGAUAUUACAUCUUCCGCAGCACCAACAACCAAAAGAACCGAUUCCGCACGAAUCCUAAUGAUCCACGAGUGAAGCACCUCAAAUAUGUCGAAACUGCUGCUGGUUCCCGUCUUCUGAUAUCGGGGUGGUGGGGUUGUGCUCGCCACAUUAAUUAUAUGGGCGAUUGGGUGAUGUCUUGGUCAUAUUGCCUUCCCACUGGCAUUGCUGGGUAUCUGAUUGUUGACAAAAUUAAUCCUAUCACGGGUGCCACUGAGAAGCGUGCAGUCCAAACUCCCGAGGUACGUGGUUGGGGCAACCUAGUUACAUACUUCUUUAUGUUGUAUUUUGCCAUUCUGCUCCUCCAUCGUGAGAGAAGAGACGAGGCAAAGUGCAGAAGGAAGUACGGCAAGGAUUGGGACAGAUACACAUCCAUCGUGAAAAGCAGGAUCAUACCAGGGAUUUAUUAG